AUGGUUUGUGACGUUUUUUAUCAGGAAAAAAUAAGAGACGAAAGUGAAAUAAUAGAGUACACUCUGGAUGGAACUGUUGAUGUACACGGUAAACCAGCCGUACGUGCUAAAACCGGAAGAUGGGGACUUGGUAUUCUAAUCUUAGUGAAUCAAGGGCUGGCUACAUUGGCAUUUUUCGGCGUAGGAGUAAACCUGGUGUUGUUUUUGACAAGAGUGGUAGGACAAUCCAAUGCUGAUGCUGCAAAUAAUGUUAGCAAAUGGACUGGAACUGUUUAUCUCUUUUCCCUUGUUGGUGCCUUCCUCAGUGAUUCUUACUGGGGUCGAUACAAAACUUGCACCAUUUUUCAAGCCAUCUUUGUCCUUGGGUUGGCAUUAUUGUCACUGUCAUCAUACUUAUUCUUGCUCAAGCCUAAUGGGUGUGGAGAUGAACUAACUCCAUGCACCUCCCAUUCUGGCUUCCAUGUAGCACUCUUCUACAUCUCAUUGUAUAUGGUGGCCCUUGGCAAUGGUGGAUAUCAACCAAACAUCGCCACAUUUGGGGCUGAUCAAUUUGAUGGAGAUGAUCCUAAAGAAAGCAGUUCAAAAAUCUCAUUCUUUAGUUACUUUUACUUGGCCUUCAACUUAGGAUCUCUGUUUUCUAACACCAUAUUGGCCUACUAUGAAAAUGCUGGAAAGUGGGCAAUUGGGUUUUUUGCAUCUGCUAUAACUGCCCUUAUGGCUUUGGCCCUGUUUCUUGGUGGUACGCCUCGUUAUAGACACUACAAAUCCCAAGGAAAUCCAAUUUCGAGGUUUUGCAAAGUGUUUGUUGCUGCAAUAAGCAAAUGGAAGACUCAUGUACAACCAGAAGGAGAAGGUCUGUAUGAAUUGGAUGCAAAGACAUACUCUACAAACGGUAGGAGACAGAUCUUGCACACCCAUGGAUUAACGAUGUUGGAUAAAGCUGCAGUUAUAACCUCAGAAUGUGUAACCUCCAAGGAAAGGAACUUGUGUACAGUAACACAAGUUGAAGAAGUAAAAUGCAUAUUGAGGCUCCUCCCAAUAUGGAAUUGCACUAUAAUGUACUCUGUAAUGUUCACUCAAAUGGCUUCCCUGUUUGUAGUGCAAGGUGCAGCAAUGAGUGCAAACAUUGGAAGCUUUCACAUACCACCAGCAAGCAUGUCUGUAUUCGACAUCCUAAGUGUGGCAUCCUUCAUCUUCAUCUAUCGUCGUAUAUUGAACCCACUUAUCAUUCGAGUAAGGAAGAAAGGUCUAAGUGAGCUCCAGAGAAUGGGAAUUGGUCUUAUCUUUGGAAUUUUAGCAAUGGUAGCAGCCGGGAUUGUAGAGGUUUAUAGGUUAAAAUACGCGACUACAGAGGAUUGCAACAACUGCAAAGAGGCAAGUAGUUUAAGCAUAUUUUGGCAAAUACCUCAAUUCAUGCUAAUUGGAGCAUCUGAGGUAUUCAUGUAUGUUGGUCAGUUGGAAUUCUUCAAUGCACAGGCACCACAAGGACUAAAGAGCUUUGGGAGUGCACUUUGCAUGUUAUCAAUGUCAUUUGGGAACUACAUGAGUAGCAUAAUAGUGACUAUACUAAUGAAGAUAACAACACGAGGCGGUAUGCCUGGAUGGAUCCCACAAGACCUAAAUAAGGGUCAUUUAGAGAGGUUUUUCUUCUUGUUGGCAGCUCUAGCUACACUGGAUUUCAUGGCAUACUUGUAUUAUGCUAACUCUUACAAAUAUGUUCAAUCUGAACAACCCAAAGAGGAAACUCAUGUUCCAGAAAUCAAUGUCUAGGACAAGGAGACCUCCUUUCAUAAUAUUUUGGACUGUCAUCAACAUGAAGGAAAUGCAGAGUUGGUUUCCUGAUUGAUGACUUGCAAUUUUUGUACAUAGGAUUUCGUCUACUGUAGACUGUAGUUAUAAAUAAAACUGAUUUUCCAACAACGUUAAUUUUUUUUUUCUGUAUGAUAAAUUAUCUUUAUUUUGUUGCUAAUGUAGAUUGAAUUAAGUGACUAUUGUAUUUAGCAUA